AAGGAGGUCUUGUUCGCAGAUCUCUCUCCCCUUUAGUUCAAAGAUCAUCAUCUAAUUAGGGUUUCGAAAACUCAAAUCUUUUCGUGGAUUUCUCUCCCAAUUUUUUCCUUCUAAACAUAAUUGCAUUUUAUGGCUCUAUCAUUUUGUUCUUAAAUUCAAUUGAAAUUUUAAAACUGCAAAGGUAUGGAAACAGAAAGGAUUAUAGAGUUUCCACAUAAGAAUAUGGACAAGCGUCCAAGGAAACGACCUCGUUUAACAUGGGAUGUCCCCCCUCCUCUCCCUCCUCCAAAGGUUCUUCCGGUUUUAUAUUGUGGGCAGGAGUUUGGUAAUGGAGCAGUUCCCAAUUAUGUGUGCUCAUCUUUGUUUUAUGAUGGAAUUCCCCGGAAUGGUUCACCUCCAUGGAGACCUGAUGACAAAGAUGGCCAUUAUGUAUUUGCCAUAGGGGAAAAUUUAUCUCCUCGCUAUAGGAUUCUCAGCAAAAUGGGUGAAGGGACAUUCGGGCAAGUCUUGGAAUGUUUUGACAAUGAAAAGAAAGAAGUUGUGGCAAUCAAAAUUGUUCGCUCCAUAAAUAAGUACCGUGAAGCUGCCAUGAUUGAAAUUGAUGUUCUACAGAGGCUUGCCAGGCAUGAUGUUGGUGGUACUCGUUGUGUGCAAAUACGGAAUUGGUUUGACUAUCGUAAUCAUAUUUGUAUUGUUUUUGAGAAGCUUGGACCAAGCUUAUAUGAUUUUCUCCGCAAAAACAACUACUGUUCAUUUCCCAUUGACCUUGUUCGGGAGUUUGGCAGACAACUAUUGGAGUCUGUAGCAUUUAUGCAUGAUUUACGCCUUAUACACACUGACUUGAAGCCAGAAAACAUACUUCUUGUAUCUCCUGAAUAUGUCAAAGUACCAGAUUAUAGGUUUCUAGCACGGUCCACUAAGGAUGGUUCCUAUUUCAAGAAUCUGCCUAAAUCAAGUGCCAUUAAGCUUAUUGAUUUUGGAAGCACAACAUUUGAACAUCAGGAUCACAGCUAUGUUGUGUCAACAAGACAUUAUCGUGCACCAGAGGUUAUUUUGGGUAUUGGAUGGAAUUAUCCUUGUGAUUUGUGGAGUGUGGGUUGCAUCCUUGUUGAACUUUGCUCUGGUGAGGCUCUUUUCCAAACACAUGAGAAUUUGGAGCAUCUUGCCAUGAUGGAGAGGGUUUUAGGGCCUCUACCCCAACAUAUGGCCGUCAGAGCUGACUGCCGUGCUGAGAAAUAUUUCAGAAGAGGUGCACGAUUGGAUUGGCCUAACAGUGCAACUUCAAGAGAAAGCAUGAGAGCAGUUUGGAAAUUACCUCGCCUUCCAAAUCUAAUAAUGCAGCAUGUGGAUCACUCAGCUGGUGAUUUUAUAGAUCUUUUGCAAGGGCUCCUGCGAUAUGACCCUGCAGAGCGGCUCAAAGCAAGAGAAGCUCUAAGACAUCCCUUCUUCACUAGAGAUGUGAGAAGGUAUGGCUACCCCUUGUAGUUGCUUAGCCUUGCCCAUUGUUUGAUAGUGAUCUUGGGCAAUGUUAGUAACUAAGGGAAAGACAGAAUUAAUGUGCAGGCAUGCAUGUGCUGAAUGCUAAUCUUUUGAGUCAUUUGCUUUGUACAAUUAUCAUUGUAUAGUAAAAUAUCUCUCUUUUUCCAUUCAUGUCCUUUCGAGUGUCUUCCGAUUUUAAGCUGUAUCCACCUAUGAGUUUUUGUUUGAUUUCAUGAUAUUGUUGAAGAAAGUAAAUGUUACAACGAGAUCUCAUACCAGAUUUCUCCCUCAUGUUCCAGUCA